AUGAAUGUUGGCGCCAAGUUAAUCCGGUGGAAAUGGAGGUGGACGGGCUCUUUAUCUGGCUAUCCGUUUAUCUUUUCUUCUCACAGACGCCGCACCUUUUGCAUCCAGCUACACUCCUGCAAAUCUAACCCUCCAUAUCCAUUUCGUUCACCCGACACUGGUUAUUACAAGCCCAAAGCAUUUUCGAAUACUUUGUACGGUUACAAUAUCAGAUUAACUGAGUUAGGUCGCCUUGGGAAAGUCCAUGAUGCUAGGAAACUGUUUGAUGAAAUGCCUCAACGAGACAUUGUUUCAUACGCUUCUAUGAUCACCGUCUACAUAAAGAACAACGAUCUCUUCAGCGCCGAAGCACUAUUCCAUACAAUUCCAGAGAGAAAUAUUGUCGCUGAUUCCGCAAUGAUUGAUGCUUAUACCAAAGCUGGCCGCAUGGACGACGCUUGGAGAAUCUUUGAUCAAAUGCCCCGCAGGAACGUCUACUCAUGGACCAGUUUGAUAUCUGGGCUUUUUAGAAAUGGACUUGUCAGUGAGGGACAGAAGCUGUUCGAUGAAAUGCCUGGUAAAAACGUGGUGUCCUGGACGUUGGUGCUCUUAGGUUAUGCUCAUAAUGGUUUGAUUGAUCAAGCUCGGGCUAUUUUUGAUCAAACCCCCAAUAAAAAUGUGGUUGUGUGGACUGCCAUGAUCAAGGUAUACAUUGAUAAUCUCCAAACUGAUGAGGCACUUAAACUUUUUAACUCCAUGCCACUGCGUAAUCUUUACUCAUGGAACAUAAUGAUUCAAGGUUGUUUCAAUGACAACAGAACUAAAGAAGCUAUUGACUUAUUCACUUCCAUGCCUAAAAGAAAUCAUGUUUCUUGGACUACAAUGGUGACAGGCUUGGCACAAAAUAGCUCUACAAAUCUUGCCAGACAAUACUUCAAUCAGAUGCCAAGAAAAGACAUAGCUGCAUGGAAUGCAAUGAUAACUGCUUAUACAAAUGAAGGCCUGAUGACUGAAGCCAAUGAGCUUUUCCAUACAAUGCCUGAAAGGAAUGUUGUGAGCUGGAAUGCAAUCAUUGGUGGAUAUGCUAAAGCAGGUCCCAGAGGGCUUGAACAUGAGAUCUCACUUGCUAAUUCUCUCAUCACAAUGUACGCCAAAUGUGGAGAUCUUGAAUCUGCUAAACUUGCUUUUGAUACUUUUCACACAAAGGACAUAGUCUCAUGGACAGCAAUGAUGCUAGCAUAUUCAACUCACGGAUUUGGUCCUCAUGCUAUACAAAUCUUUGGAAGAAUGCUGCGAUUAGGGUUUCAGCCAGAUGAAAUUACAUUCUUAGCCCUGUUAACCGCAUGUAGCCAUACGGGUCUUGUUGAUAAAGGAUGGAAAUUCUUUAACUCAAUGAUGCAUGUUUACAAUGUGGGACCAAAAUCCGAGCACUAUGCGUGUCUUGUUGACAUUUUAGGUCGAGCUGGUCAACUAGACAAGGCUCUAAAAGUGGUUGACCAAAUGCCUCAUGAUAUGAGAGAUGGUGUUGCUUUAGGAGCACUAUUAGGUGCAUGUAAGUUGCAUGGUGAUGAUGAACUCGCAAGUGAAAUAGGACAAAAGGUGAUAGAUUUUGAACCAAAUGAAUCAGGAGGGUAUGUGUUAUUGGCAAAUGUUUUUGCAGCAUCUGGGAGAUGGGAGGAAGUUGCUAAAGUGAGGAGGGAGAUGAAGGGUAAAGUGAGUAGUAAAUUGCCAGGGUUUAGUCAGGUGUAUGUUAAGGGGUGCAAUUAUGUAUUUUUUGUGGGGGAUCGAUCUCACACUAACUUUGAUGAAAUCAAUGAGAUGUUAAGAGACAAGAUUCUACCAGAAAUGAAACUGAUGUCUAAAUGUUAUUUUGUGGAGGAUUUAAUGUGA